AUGGCUUCUCGAUUUAGUGCAGUGAAGUUGUUUCGAGGUGUAAUUUGGAACCCUAAUUUUGGAACUAUUCCAAAAAGCUAUCUUCUAAGGCAAGGUCAACGUUUUAAACAUUUGACGCCACACGUUCCUUCUCGUGGUCUGUUAUCAACACCUCGAGUGCACCUUGCUUCCGUUUCUGACCAAACUGUCGAUCCGAGGCUUACCGCCGAGCGAUUUGUCGAUGAAACUGACGUUGUGAUAGUUGGAGGAGGACCAUCAGGUCUUUCUGCGGCGAUCCGAUUGAAACAGCUUGCGAAUGCCGAAGGGAAAGAGGUUAGAGUGGUUGUGAUUGAAAAAGCCAGUGAGCUUGGAGCACAUACCGUCUCAGGUGCGGUCAUAGAACCUCGAGCUCUUAAUGAAUUAAUUCCUGACUGGAAGGAACGAGGUGCUCCCCUAAACCAGCCAGCAACAGAAGAAGAUUUACGAUUUCUUACAAAAAAAUGGGCGAUCCCCCUUUUUUCCCCACCACAGAUGUUAAAUAAGGGAAAUUAUGUCGUUAGUUUGAACAAAUUUGUAAAGUGGUUGGGGGAGCAAGCUGAGGAAGUUGGCGUUGAAGUAUACCCUGGCUUUUCUGCAAGUGAGGUUUUAUACAACGAAGAUAACAGUGUAUGUGGUAUCGCCAUUAAUGACAUGGGUCUUGACAAAGAUUUUAAACCGAAGGAUAACUUUGAGCGCGGUAUGGAGUUUCGCGCCAAGGUUACCCUCUUUGCCGAAGGGUGUCAUGGUUCACUUACUAAAACGCUGAUAAGAAAAUUUGAUCUUCGCAAAGGAAGGCAACCUCAGACAUACGGAAUAGGCAUAAAGGAAGUGUGGGAGAUUGAUCCGGAGAAAGCCAAGCCAGGGUAUACGCUGCAUGCAAUGGGAUACCCGUUAGACUGGAAAUUGUAUGGUGGAGGCUUCUUAUAUCACAUGGAAGAUAAUAUCGUUCAAGUAGGAUUCGUUGUGUCGUUAGAUUACCAAAAUCCAUAUUUGAAUCCCUACAAAGAAUUUCAGAGAUACAAACUUCAUCCGUUUAUCAAGAAGCACCUUAUAGGCGGAAAGCGUAUCGCAUAUGCGGCACGAGCGAUAAAUGAAGGUGGCUAUCAGUCAAUUCCCAAAUUGACCUUUCCUGGCGGAGCUCUUAUCGGAUGUACAGCUGGAUUUUUAAAUGUUCCAAAGAUAAAAGGAACCCACACAGCAAUGAAGUCAGGAAUGAUCGCUGCUGAAACAGCAUAUGACGCAGUCACGUCUGAAAAUGCUUCAACGGGACCAAUUAACUUGACUGCAUAUGAAGAUUCUAUUGAAAAAUCGUGGGUUUACGAGGAAUUACGUGAAGUACGAAAUAUUCGUCCUUCCUUCAACAGCCCACUUGGUAUGUGGGGUUUUGUUUGUUAUUCAGGAUUGGAUAUGUUAUUUCUGAAGGGUCGUACGCCAUGGACAUUCAAACACCACGAGGACUACGCCUGUUUGAAACCAGCCAAGGAGUGUAAACCGAUUGAAUAUCCGAAGCCUGAUGGUGUAAUAACAUUUGAUCUUCUGGAUAGUGUUGCCCUCAGCGGUACGAUGCACACCGAAAAUCAACCGGUCCAUCUGCGAUUAAGGGAUAAGAGUAUUCCGGUCGAAAGGAAUUUGAAAAUAUUUGAUGGUCCGGAGGGAAGAUUCUGCCCAGCCGGGGUCUACGAGUUUGUUGACGACGAGGCGAACGUUGGUCAAAAACGUCUGCAAAUUAACUCCCAAAACUGUGUACAUUGUAAAACAUGUGAUAUCAAGGAUGUUUCACAAAAUAUUGAUUGGGUUACACCUGAAGGAGGGAAUGGUCCAAAAUAUGUUCUUACUUGA